CAUCAUGUAAGAACAGCGAGCUAAAAAGUGUUAUUGUCAGUGCGCCAUAGAGCGCAGCGCGAGAGUCAAGUUUAUUAAACUAAGUUUAAGUUUGUGCUAAGAAUAUCUUAAUAACAACAAAUAUGGCGCACCGGUCGUCAAAUAUAAUAAUUUUGACUUGCUUAAUAGUAUUGGCAACAUCUGCUGCACAGAAGAAUGUAAAGAGGAAACCAGCUCCACCUGCACGCGUGGCUGAGUCAGACCCUGACACAGAUAUCACCAGCUCAUGUCCAGAAGACGGCUACUACGCUGAUGCAGAACAAUGUGACAAAUACUAUGAAUGCAAAGCUGGUCAAAUAAAAGAGAAACUCUGCCCCGACGGUAUGGUGUUCAACGACUAUAACCCUGACGACGAGAAGUGCGAUCUGCCCUUCAAUAUCAACUGUACCAACAGGCCGAAGCUGCAAACGCCCAUACCAUCAUUGCAUUGCCCUCGCCAGAAUGGCUACUUCGCUCACGAAGAACCUCAUGAAUGUGGAAUUUUCUACUACUGUGUGGACGGAAAAUUCAACAUGAUCACCUGCCCAGCUGACCUAGUGUACAACGAUAAAACUGGAAUUUGCACGUGGGCCGAUGAAGCUAAAAAGAAGGGAUGCGGCACGAAAGACAUCUUUGACUUCGACUGCCCGGCUGUGAAUGAGACCUUUGGCUUGACUCAUCCUCGCUACGCCGACCCUGAAGAUUGUCAGUUCUUCUACGUGUGUAUCAACGGCAAUACACCUCGCCGUAGUGGAUGCAAGCUUGGACAGGCAUUUGAUGACGUCAGCAAGAAAUGCGAGUGGGCAAGAAAGGUCCCUGAAUGCAAGGACUGGUACAACGGUCGUCUCACAGAUGCUGAGCUGGAAGCCUUGGAAAACCCACCAGUGGCCAAGCCAAAGCCUUCUGGUGCACCAUCCCGCCGUAAGCCUCAGAGACCCAAAAGCAAGCAAGUCGAAGAAGAAGUAGAGAAAUAGAUAUAUACAUAUUAGAUAUAGUUUUAAGUAGAGUUAUUAAAAUCUUUUAUACAUUGAAAAA